CACCGCACACUGAUGGCCGCCUCCCCGCAGCUCCUCACUGGCCUACACACGCUGUGCCCAUCAUUUGGACUUCACAACCCGCUGAGGCAACUUACCGGGGGCACCUGCUGGAAGGUUGGAUCCAUUUUGAAUAGGUUUAAGCCAGGAACAAGCAAGGUUCUCCACCACAGGAUGUCCUCUCAAGCCUCAAAAGAUCAUCCAGAAGGCCAGAAGCCCCCACUUUUAGUAGAUGACCACACUGUGGCGACAGUUAGAGAGUCCAAAAUAUUAGUUCUUCUGAGGGGUCUUCCCGGGAGUGGUAAGUCCACCCUAGCGAAAGAUAUUGAACAAAAAUACAAGGACACCUCUCGACUAAUCUCUGCUGACCUAUAUGAGAUCAAGCCGGUGGUGAGGAGCUCUAGUGGAGGAGAUUACGCUAAACUGGAUGCUGACUUAACAACUUGCUUUGAGAAGCGUGAAGCUAGUUUGGUCAUACUGGACGACACACACCAUGACCGGGAACGUCUUGAUAAGCUCUUUGAUAUGGCAAACACGUAUCAUUUUGCUGUAGUUGUCCUGGAACCUAAGACACCAUGGAGGCUGGACUGUGCCCAGUUAAAAGACCGAAACCAUUGGAAGCUGUCAUUGGAGGAACUGAAGAACCUGAGGCCUACACUGGAGAAGGACCUUCUUCCUCUGUACUUUGGUUGGUUCCUCGCAAAGCGGGAUGAGGAUUACCUGAGAAAGACCAGCCAUGAAUUCCUAGAGCAGUUGGGAAACCUCAAGGCCUUCAAGAAGCGGCUGCAACCAUUUGGCUAUGAAGACAAACAUAAGUUGGAUCUUAUGAAACAUUUUGCCAAGUCUCCUAACAUUCUUCAUUGCACUUCCAAGUUUUGUGAUUAUGGGAAGAUUGUGGGAUCAGAAGAAUAUGCGCAACAAGAGGCCGUGAAGAAGGCAUACUCCAAGGGCUACACUCUCCACCUCUCCGCUUUGUUCGUCACCCCCAGAACAGUCGGAGCACAAGUAGAACUCACGGCAGACCAGCUGCUAUUAUGGCCUUCAGAUGCCGAGAAAGAAGUGAUGCCCAAGGAUACCUUACCCAGGGGAAGUCGUGCCCAUAUCACUUUGGGCACUGCCGCUGAUGUACAGGAUGUUCAAACUGGUAUUGACCUUCUUGAGUUUGUAAAAUUGCAGCAAUCAGGGAAAGAAGGGGAGAAUUUAGGAGAGAUGAGCGGAUCGGUCGCGGGUAAAGUCUCUUACUAUGAUAAUGGCAUGUGGAUGCUGAACCUGUCCCAAAAAAUUGAAGUAAGGUCCAUCUUUUCAGGUUACUAUGGGAAACCUGGUGUCAGUGUCCCUUUACGGGGCAGCAAAAAGGGUAUUUUAAAUCAAUGUCAAAUUAUGUGAGUGGUGACAACAAAAUAGUUUGUCCUGACAGUCAGAUACAAAUCUUUUUAUAAUUUUUUUUAACUUUUCAAAGUGGCACUUAUUUUUCUAACCUGUAUUUAAAUCCUGCGUCCUGUGAAAAAGAAAUGAUGGCAGGAGAAAGGUUUUUGAACUUACUUUCUUUUAGAGUACUUAAAGAGUAACUCCACUGCUUACACAUAGGAUAAAUAGUAUAAGAUACCUUUAGCAUAAUAUUUAUUUUUUUGUUAGCAGGUGGUUGCUUAGCAACCACAUGAAUUCCUGUCUGGGUGACCACUGUUUUAUUACAUGGAGUACUGAAUAGUAAAGAAAGUUCUUCAUGCUACACAAGCUUUCCCGCUCACCCGAAACUGAAGCAGAGUGAUAGAGCGCAGUGAUUCAACAUGAAAAGAAGACAAAAGGGGAAAGGGUAGGAAUAGGAAAAAAUUGUAAGUUCUCUGCUAUCUUUGUAAAAGAGGGAGGCUUAGAGGGGGCAUGUUGUAGCUGAUGGAAUUGGCCUUUAAAGAGCACAUGUCCGCAGGAUGAACCCAGCAUACUGCUCGGUCGGGUUGAUCCUGCCAAAAAAAAAUUCUACAAAUGAGGGCUUUAGUGCUCCAAGGUGCGUGGCCAGCACUGGAAAGCCGUGGCAUGCGUAGGUCCCUCAGUGCAAUAGAGCUUUCAUUUUCAUAAAGAAUAAAUGUCUUCUUUUCUCGGAAACGUAGCAACCAGUGUUAUUUUAUUCGGCAGAAUCAACGCGGACAGGUAGUUUGCCUAGUUUAUUGGGUCGAUCUGGCUGACAGGUGCUCUAUAUAUUUUUUUUUUUUUGUUAAAUAUUGUUGGAAAAUAGGUGGUAGUAGUAGGUUGUAGCAGUAGUAAGUAAAAUAGUUUUUUUGCCGUGGUUGCUGUUGGUUACAGCAUCUUUAAAGGGGUUCUGCAGUUCUUUUAAACGGAUGAUGUAUCCUCUGGAAAGAUCAUCAGCUGUUUGAGAAGGCCUUCUGGCUGUUUACCACAAGCCCAGUGAUGUGACGACAAGUGAAUGGAGCUUGGCCGUGCCCAGGCCAGUGAUACUAGUCGUGACGUCGCUGUGCCUAAGGGAAAUGGAGAGAAGUCCGCAGCGCUCCUGGAGCACCGCUGCCUUCUCAAACAGCUGGGUUUCGGACCCCCGCUGAUCAGAUGCUGAUGAUCUAUCCAGAGGAUAGAUCAUCAGUUUAAAAGAUCUGCAGAACCCCUUUUAAUAAUGUUCUUUUGUGUUGGGUACUGGAUGUCGGUCUGGAUCCUUUGGGUAAUAUAUGUAGCAAACAUAGCUGUGAGAUUAGCUGGUUUCCUUUCACCAGAUGAUAGUAUUAUGGCGACGAUACACAGACACAAGAGUUCUCUUAUUUCUUAUUUUUGCCUCUGGGGGCAGCAUCCAAGGUGCUUCCCUCUCUCUACCAUAGGGCAUUUGACCAAAAAAACUACUGGGGAAAUCAUAGGUGAUGACUUUAGGGAAAAACACUCUUCAGCCACCAGCUAUCUCUGGUCGUACACAUGGAGGUCAAUCCUAUGCAAGUCCUUCAGCAUCUUGUCGGUGGUCAUUCAGGACUUCCACAAACUUGCCUGUGUCCCUUUGAGAUUGGCAACCAGUCUUUUUAUGGGAAUGAGCAUCAAUGUGGCCUGUCAAUGUGCAUGGGGAGUCAGUAGCUGUGUAGUCGACAGUAAUCUCCCUAAGUGUAUGGUCAUCCCCAGACAUAGAAAGCCAUGAUACUGGAGAACAGAGUGCAGGAGAUAACAUUUUAUUUAAGGUAAGAUGCUCAGUAAUUAAAGCUACAAUAUACGUCCCCUUUAAUUCCCCAGUGAAGAAAGUUAUUGUAUUGAGUAAAGGCUACGUCCAUAUCAGCUUUAUGGUAUUGUGGUAGUCUAUUCCGCCAGAGGAGCAGACGACCAUAAUUACUGUAUCUGGCAAAGUCAGGGCCCACCGGAUUCCCGUUCACUAUAAUGCACGCAACAGUAUUUUUCCAGCAGAAAGCAGGCAUUCAUGCCAAAAACCUGCCAGAGUCCCAACAGAUUCCACUAUAAUGAAUGGGGACCUGUCAGGCCCUGACUUUGUCGGAUACGGUAAUUCUGGUAGUCUGCUCCUCUGCCGGAACAGACUACCACAAUACCAUAAUUGCUUAAAGGUAAUAUAUUAGAAAGUUACAAAACACAUAAAAUGAAGGAUACUUUGUGUUCUGAUUUAUGAUAGUCAUUUCUGGACUAAUGUGGCUCUGUAACAUGUGCUUACGAGGCAGCCAUGCAUUGCUUCUAACCUCUGAAACUUUGCCUUCUAAAUGAAUGGGUUCUGCCAAAGGACAGACCCCGUAAUAAAAGGGCGUCACCAAUGUGAUCUGCAAAUCCAAGAGCUCAAGCCCCUUGGACCAAUAAGUUGUCCUGACUCCUUCUAUCUUUGUAGUGCAAUUCCUUUAUUUAUAGCUGCCAUUAAAGCUAGUAGUAGGCCUGGUUGAAGAUGUAAGAUACAUCUAUCUGACUAGGUUGGUUUAGUAAACCUGAGCUUAAAUUUGGGAUACGUACUUUGCACAUCAGUUAUGGAAUACAGUAGGUAUGUAGCAAUAAAUCCAAGAUCUGAUAUAUGUAAAUGACUAAAAUUAUCCCAACUCAUCCUAAUUGCUUCUGAAUUUGAGGUCCUCACUAUCUGUACAUCAUUGCGAGUUCUCCUAUCUGGAAGUGAUUUCAGGAUUUGGUUGAGAUGCGGGACUCUCAAGUAACUCUUUUUCACUAAAUAUUAACUCCCUUUGGCUUAUGUCAUGCAGCAUUUUUCUGGAUUGUGUAACUGCCGUAUCUAGACCUGAAGUAAAAUACUUAAAAGACUGAAAUAAAUUAUAUUAAUACAUUU